AGCAAGCAAAAAAGUGUGAGGAAAAUACUUGUUCUUCUUCCGGCCGGCUGAAGAAGAAAGAAAGAGGGAUUAUUAAUUAGGUCAGACGGUGGUGAUGUCUUCUAAUAAUAACACAAGAAGAAGCCUUUUAUCAGGCGGCGGCUCCACUUUCAUGAUGAAGCAAUUUAAAGGAGGUAAAAACCCUUCCUUUUUCAACAUUUCAUCCUCUUCCCUUUUUACCCCCCGCUCCCCCCCUUUCAAUUAUUCUUACGAUCAUCAUGAUCCUCCUAAUAAAUCGAUCAAAUGUUACUCAGAACCCCUAUUCCUUCUGUUGUGAAAUUCAAUCAGUUGCUGAAUUCCGUUACCAAAAUGAAACAUUUUUCACAUGCCAUUCAUCUCUUCAACCAUAUGUGUGCCAUCGGCCUUCCUGUUGAUGAGUACACUGUCAAUAGUGCCAUCAAGUGUUGUUGUCAGCUGCGUCGAACCACAGAUGGUUUUGCCCUCUUUGGCCUCUGCUUUAGACGAUCUAUUGUACCUAAUGUCCACACUUACAGUAUACUCUUAGACGGACUCGUCUUAGAAGACAAGAUCCAUGAGGCCGAAAGAUUAUUUAAGAAACUCAUUAAACUCAAAAUCUGUGAACCUGAUGUUGUUAUGUAUUCCACGAUGAUCAAAGGCCUAUGCAAGUUUGGCGACAAUGUUACCGCCCUUUCUUUGCUUAGAAUGAUGGACGAAAGAGGCUGUAAACCUAAUGCAGUUACAUACAACACCAUCAUUGAUAGUCUUUGCAAGGACCAAUUGAUAGAUGACGCCUUCAAGCUUUUUAAAGAGAUGGUCUUUCAAAAACACAUCCAACCAGAUGUCAUCACAUACACCUCUUUGAUUUCCGGCCUAUGUAAAUUAAGUCAGUGGGAUGAGGUGUAUAAGUUGCUAAAAGAAAUGGAUGAUUAUAGGAUCUCUCCGGAUGUGCACACCUUUACCAUACUAGUUGAUUCGUUAUGCAAAGAAGGUAAGACGGAAGACGCAGAGAGUGUUAUCAACAUCAUGGUGGAGAAAGGCAAGGAGCCGAACAUAAUGACAUACAGUUCACUCAUAGAUGGUUACUGUUUGCGAGGUGAGAUGACCAAAGCAAUGACAGUUUUUGAUGCCAUGGUGAUUAAAGGUAUCCUCCCUGAUGUUUUUACUUACAACAGUUUCCUGAAUGGGUACUGCAAGAAGUUGAUGAUAGAUGAGGCCUUGCAAAUGUUUUAUGAAAUAACUAGAAAAGGUAUGAAACCCGAUACAGUCACUUACAACACCAUGAUACAAGGAUUGUUUACGGCUAAACAAUGUGGAGCUGCACGCAAACUCUUUGAUGAGAUGCGAGCACAAGGCCAAAUCCCAAAUGAAUGCACUUAUAGAAUAAUUUUACACGGUCUUUACAACAACCAUGAGGUAGAAGAUGCACUUUCUUUGUUCAAGUUGAUGGGUAAUAGCAAGCUAAAUUCGGAUGUUGAAGUGUACAAUAUCCUUAUUGAUGGUGCAAGCAAAUGCGGGAUGCAUGAGAUUGCAAGAAAUCUUUUCCAAGACUUGGCAGUGAAAGGUGUGCAACCUACUGUUCGGACAUAUAAUGCUAUGAUACGUGCUGUUUGCCGAGAAGGUCUUCCGAGUGAUGCACAGCAGUUGUUUCUUCAAAUGAAAGAGAGCGGGUGCCCGCCAGAUAAUGUUACUUACUGCCUUCUUCUCCAAGGUUAUCUAAAGAACAACCACUAUGUUGAUGUAGAGAUGCUUUUACUGGAAAUGGAUGGAAGAGGUUACUCACUUGAUGUUUCAACAUUAUCGUUGCUUAUUGAUAAGAUUGCCGCUGGCUUGUUACGAAACACUUUGCUUAACUUGAUACGUAAACUAGUGCCAAAAGAAUUGGUUGGAGGCCCUGGUUUUUCUGCCUAGCCCAGUAGUUUGGAAAAUGAAAAGUGAUUGAGGGGCUUGAGAUUGAAGGGUGUACCAACGAAACAUAGGAGGUAGAUUGGUUUUGCUUAAGUUAAUACGUACACUGGUUUUUCUAACUCGUAUGCUUUUGGGGAUUUUUGCUACAUGUGUAACGUUAUUUGACUAGUUCUGUAUAACGAAUUUAUGACGCUAGCAUUUUUUUAUAUGUCGUAGUUCAAUGUCAGUUUGUUAAUUCAUGGAUAUGAGUUAUUCCCUCUUGUUUUUCUAUUUAUUCCUUGAUGUUUUAUAUCUUCUCAAACUUUA